AUGACGCAGAUAGUAGGGAAAUGGUUUGCUAAAAGAUCAAAGGUCUUUAACGUGGAGUCUACUUGCCCUAAGGUACUCGAUCUUUGCAUGGCUCCUGGUGGCGUCGCUGCAACGGCCAAAAAAUAUCUCAGAACGGUGCUCAUCGAUGCCGUGACACUUCCUUCCCACAUCGGUGGUUUUGAGGUCAUGGACAGGGGAGUCUGCCGGAAUAUUGAGUAUGCCGAUAUUACGAUGUAUUCAAAGGAAAUGGGCCUCAAAGAACACAUUUCGACAGAACAUCCUGAUUACAAAAACUUUAACAAUGAUCGGCCUUUCCUCGGAAACCUAUACGACAUUGUCAUUUGUGGAGGUGCUGUGGGCGAUGUUGAUCGGUUGGAGCCAUACGCCGAGUCAAGUUUGGUAUCUGCGGCAUUAUGGCAUUGGGAUUCGCCUAUGUUCCCCCCCUUUGAGAAUGAUCUCUGA